AUGGAAGUGUGGAUGCUGUCUCUUGUGAUCAGUGGCUGCCUAGCGUUGCCAGGGAUACCAACUCCCCAUCAUCCUGGACAAGAACUAAUUGACCUCGCUAUACAGACUAACUUGAAAGGACAAACGAGGAUCAUUGGAGGAACCGAUGCAUAUAUUAACGACUUCCCUUGGCAAGCUUCGCUGGAAUUCAACGGCCAACAUAUCUGUGGUGCUAUCAUUCUGUCUACAGAAUUUAUUCUAACAGCAGCGCACUGCAUGGGAAGUGACACAUGGAAUUACAAGGUCCAUGUCGGAAGUUCUUCCUUAAGCAGCACCGGGGGUUCUAGACAUAGCGUGUCAGCAGCUGUCUUGCAUGAACACUUUGUGAAUAGUGGUAGCACUACCAAUGGCGCCUUCCCUAAUGAUGUGGCUCUCAUUAAGUUAUCUGAACCAAUCGAUUUCACCAGUAACAAACAACCAAUCGAUUUGACAUCCUUAACUAACAACAACCUGGCUUCAAACGAUGACUGUUGGAUUACUGGAUGGGGAAGAACGAGUGGGAAUAGUAACA